CACGGCAGCCUGCAGCUGCUCUGACCAGGGCCAGCCCGACGUUGGGAGGAAGCAAAAGGAACGGAGGAGGAGAGAAGAGGGGGAUGACUGUGCCGGGAGUUCUUUAGCCUUUUUCUGUCUCUCAGUCUCUGUCACAACAGGACUAAUCAGCGACCGACUAGCCCUUGGCAAAGUCACAGUGAGGGAGGUCUCUCCACCAAACAGGCGACCAGCCGACGAGCCAACACAUGUAUCAGGAGCCGACAGAACUGGGGACUCUUUUUUUCAGUUGGUCACUUCUUCUCUCCUCCUCUGUCGUGUUUCUCUGCGAUAUGGAUCAUUGUGAUUUUUCCACAGCAGAGCUGCAUGUUGGAGUCUGCAGCCUGGCAGGGGGGCAGUUAGUAGGGGCAGAAGGGAUUCAGGCACCUGCCAAGCCUUCAUGGCCUUACCUCUGCCUGUGAGUGCUUUUCAUGCUGCUUUCAGUCUUUAAUACCAGGAGCCAUUUUGUACCCGUGGCUAAUAGAGGGCCACAUCACUUUUUCAGAGAAGGAAAAGAAGAAACCAUGAAUCUGGUGUCAUUCCAUCGAAGGAAAUUAUAAAUGAACAUGUUGCAUGACUAUUGCUUUUAACAUUUGGAAAAAGGCAAAAAGGACCACUUCCAAACUAAUGAGCGUCUCCCUGCACUGUCGAUGGAACUUGGGAGCCUUGAGUUGCUCCAGCCAGGCUAGGGUGGUCUGUCCUCUGGUUUGUGCCGUCUCCCCCCACCAUGCAGAAUAAUGAGCCCUCCACACCAUGAGUCCUUUGGGCCAGGUUAGAGUGCAGCCUACCUGGAAAGCAGCCCUGCUCGCCGUGCUCUCUCUGCUUCCUGCUCUCAGUAUGUGCCAGUCCACAGGCCCUGCGUUGGGCUCGGCUAACCCACAGAACUGUCCAGGUGUGUGCUCCUGCACUAAUCAGCUCAGCAAGGUGGUGUGCACCCGCCGAGGCCUGGUUAGGGUUCCUCCGAACAUCCCACCCAACACCAGGUACCUUAACCUGAUGGAAAACAGCAUCGAGACCAUACAGGCAGACACCUUCAGGCACCUGCAUCACCUGGAGGUGCUGCAGUUGGGCAGAAAUGCUAUCAGACGGAUUGAAGUUGGGGCCUUCAGUGGAUUGACCAGCCUCAAUACCCUGGAGCUGUUCGACAACAGACUGACAGUCAUACCCAGCGGAGCUUUUGAGUACCUGUCAAAGUUGAGAGAGCUGUGGCUUAGAAACAAUCCCAUUGAGAGCAUCCCCUCUUAUGCCUUCAACCGUGUACCCUCCCUCAUGAGACUGGACUUGGGAGAACUGAGAAAGUUGGAGUACAUCUCUGAUGGAGCAUUUGAGGGCCUUCAGAACCUCAAGUAUCUCAACUUGGGGAUGUGCAACCUGAGGGAGUUUCCUAAUCUUUUACCACUGUUGGGGUUGGAGGAGCUGGAAAUAUCAGAGAAUUUUUUCCCUGAACUGAAGCCCGGGGCCUUCCUUGGGCUUAAACAUCUACGUAAAUUGUGGAUUAUGAACUCUGCCAUCACUACUAUUGAGAGAAAUGCAUUUGAUGACAUUACAGACUUGGUUGAGCUGAAUUUAGCCCAUAAUAACCUUUCGUCCCUCCCCCAUAACCUCUUCACACCUUUACAGUACCUGGUGGAGCUCCACCUGCACCACAACCCAUGGCGAUGUGACUGUGAUGUAGUGUGGCUCUCCUGGUGGCUCAGAGAAUACAUUCCCACAAACUCCACCUGUUGUGGACGUUGCCACACCCCGGUCCACAUGAGGGGACGAUACCUGGUGGAAGUUGAUCAGACCACCUUUCAGUGUUCAGCACCAUUCAUACUUGAUGCUCCUAGAGACCUGAACAUCUCGGCAGCGAGGGUGGCCGAACUGAAGUGUCGCACAGCUUCCAUGAGCUCAGUCCGAUGGCUUCUGCCAAAUGGGACUGUAUUGAGCCAUGGCUCAGCUCACCCACGGAUAUCUGUCCUUAACGACGGAACACUGAACUUCUCCAACGUUCUCCCUUCAGACACAGGCGUGUACACCUGCAUGGUGAGCAACAUGGCAGGAAACUCCAAUGCCUCAGCAUACCUAAACGUCAGCAAUGCUGAACUCAACACAUCUAAUCUGUCGUAUUUUACCACCGUGACGGUGGAAGUUUUGGAGCCCACAGUGGAGGAGACCCCAAAACCUAAACCUACUAUCCCUGCCUCGCCCUCUGGCUUUCAGCCUGUCUUCAUCUCUACACCUACUGUGCUGUUCCAAAACACUCCAACUCCAAGGCAGGUGUCAAUCGUAACUCCCAGAGUCCCUAGUAGGCCAGCCGCCAGCUUGGAUGAGGUGAUGAAAACCACAAAAAUCAUCAUUGGCUGCUUUGUUGCUGUUACCUUACUGGCAGCCGCCAUGUUGAUAGCAUUCUAUAAGUUGCGUAAGCGGCAUCAACAGAGGAGCACGGUGGCAGCAGCAAGGACCAUAGAAAUCAUACAGAUGGAGGAGGAAGUUCCUCCUGUUCCGCCCCCCACAUCCGGAUCUAGUGGCUCUGAUGACACAGUGUUGGUACUGCCUACGUUAGUGGAACACAACAGCAACACCUUUAAGCCUGGGUAUGUGUCCUCCUCCUCAUCAGCCCGCCAAGGGGGCUACGGAGCCCACUGGACCCAGAACAACUCUCUUCAUCGCUCAGUCAGACAGCAUCACAGCCACAUCAGCACCAUUGCUGAUCCCUACGUCAUUAAGACUACUCACGGCAAGGAGAAGGUUCAGGAGACCCAAAUCUGAGUAAUGCUCCCUCUGGAUUUAUCUCUGACUCUGCCCCAACCUCUCCUCGCCACCUGUCUGCUCAUCAGUCCAUGCAAUAGAAUGCACAAAGAACAAAACGGUAACUUUCUUUUGUACAGAAGUGCAAAACAGAGACAGUUUUUGGUUUCUUGUACAUGCCUAUACAUAAGUAUAUAAAUAUGAAAAAAAUACAAAUAUAUAUAAAUGAACUACCGUCAGGCAGUGGUAAGACAUUAUAUUAGAAAAGAAAGUCAUUUGAAACUAUUUUCUAAUAACUGGUGAAUUCUAUUUAAAAGACAAAGAUACUUAAUUUCUUUUGUGAUUGAUAAUAGAGGAUGGUACUCUAGGAAAAGAGGCAUUUUGUUUGUUUUUUGACCAUAUUUAGACUGCAGAAGAAAAACUCUUCAUAAAGGCACCAGUUUUUAAAUACAGCCCCAAAUAUAAGCUCCAGUUUUACUGUGCCAAAUAUUAUAUGCAAUAAAAUGGUAUUUCCAGACUUAGGAAACUAAAAAGACACACAAGAAAAA